GAUCUGACGUUUAAACUGUUGCUCGGCGCCUCAGUAGUCAGUCUGCCGCUGGAGCUUUGCGCGUAAAGCAGCGUUUCAACCGCUUGGAAGCAAAAAUGAAGCGAAGCCACAACUACAGCUCAUCGGACAGCGACUUGGACGACAAUGUGGAGGUGGAGAAGGACAGUGGCGACGAAAAUGGUCAACUUGACUCUCACGGAUCCAUGUCACCCUCCACAACCACACAAGUCCAAGCCAGAAAAAGGCGCAGAGGGAUUAUUGAGAAAAGGAGACGUGACAGGAUCAAUAACAGUCUGUCAGAGCUGAGAAGAUUGGUGCCAAGUGCUUUUGAAAAACAGGGAUCAGCUAAACUGGAAAAAGCAGAAAUAUUGCAAAUGACAGUGGACCAUCUGAAGAUGCUCCAUGCUUCUGGUGGGAAAGGUUACUUCGAGGCUCAUGCUCUAGCCAAGGAUUACCGCAGCCUGGGCUUCAGGGAGUGUCUGGCAGAAACAGCCCGCUACCUGAGCAUCAUCGAGGGCCGAGACACCACCGACUCCCUCCGAGUCCGCCUGGUGUCCCACCUCAGCAACUACGCCUCUCAGAGGGAGGUGCACUCCGGACUGGAGCACUUAGCCUGGGGCUCUGCCUAUGGGACUGCCCCUGCCCACCUCCCCCACCCCCUGCUCCUACAGCACCCCCAGGGCAGGACACCUGCAUCCAGAAGCAACAGCAGCCCGCAAUCCUCCUCCUCCUCUUCCUCCUCCUGUUCUUCCUCCUCCUCCUCCACCUCCUCCUCUGAGGCGUCUGGGACGUCCAGACUCAGUGCCAUCCCCCCCACAGAGUCCCUCAGGGUGCCUCCCAAUGGCUCGUUGCCCCUCACUCUGCAUGUGCCAACAUCCAAGCUCUCACCGCCACUCGUCUCAUCUCUCUCCUCGCUGUCAGCCUUCCCCCUCUCCUUUGGUGCCUUCCCCCUCGUCUCCCCGACCGCCGUCAGCACAGUGAGUCCCUCUUCCACCCUGUCGAAGCCUUACAGGCCCUGGGGCAUGGAGAUCGGGGCCUUCUGAAGCUAAGCACUGGACUGAAGGCAACAGCUGAGCUGUGCCCACCAUCACAGACUGACCAACAGUGAAACAUGGAGGAACAAAGCAAACUGUCUUCAACUGAAAAAGGAAUAAGUGGCACGUUGUUUCCUCUUAGUGUCAUUUACUUUUAAAAAGAAUUCUAAAUGAUUUUAUGUUAUCCGUUGAAAUUGAAAACUAAUUUAGCUUAGCAUGCACUGCCUCCAGGUUGAGGACUGAUAUAAUGAUAUGAUGAAUGGGCCAUAAAUAGAUUUACAUAGACUUUAUAGACCACAUAAUGAAAGACUUGGUCUGCAUUGUUAGUGAUAUCAGAACUACAUGGAAAUGAAUAUGCAUAUUAUGUGCACCACUGUUGGAAAACUAACUACUUGAGAAUUGGAAACUUGCAUUCUUGUAUCUAUUUGUAAUAUUUUUGUACCAAUAAAUCAAGUUUAAAUGUAUAAAACGUGUAUAUAAAUGUG